AUGGCCCUGUCAGCGCCGUCAUGGCGCCUGCCCAUCAGAUGUGCACAAACUCCAAUCGCACAGUACCAGCGAAGAACAGCAGCAUCCAGUUCAAACAACGAUGGCAGCUCAUCCGGCUCCAAUCCCGUCCUGGAAGAGUACCUGCGCAACAACCCGCAAGAGGCCCAGAGCGGCAGGAUUAAAAUACCUGAGGGAAUGGGCCAAGCAGGAGACAUCGCCAACAGCUCCAUCUUCGAAGACGAACGCCGCGCACAGAAACAGACCGACAGCGAGUCCAAAGACGGGGUAGAUGGCGACAGCGUCCGAGUAGGCGGUAUCGCACGCGACCCACGAGCCAUGGCCACCGUCCUCGACCCCAACCCCUCCGCCCGCGAACAGUGGGAAAAACGACAAGUCGUGAAAAUGAUCCGCAAGAACGGGCGUCUAACGAAAGAGCAAUUUAUCAAGCGGACAGAGAGGGAACAUCUCGCAAAGAGCCACAACAUGAAAACAUCAGUCAAGAAGCUAGGCAUGCUCGCGCGCCAAAUCGCCGGCAAAACCAUCGACGACGCCAUCGUGCAAAUGCGCUUCAGCAAGAAAAAGGUCGCGCAGGAAGUCCUGAAACAACUCGAAGCCGCACGGGACGAAGCCGUCGUGAUGCGCGGGAUGGGUCUAGGAAACGGUGCAAGGAAGGAGGCCGAAGACUUCAACGAGUCCUCCUCAAGCGUGACAGGUACAACCUCCCAAACACUCGAAGAAACCGCAUCCCUCGAACGAAAGCCCCACACCGUCGACAUCCAGCUCAAAUCCGGCCAACGGCACACCGUCUCCGACCGCUCCAAGAUCUACAUCGACCAAGCGUGGGUCGGGCGAGGUCCGUACGGCAAACUGCCAGAUUACCGGGCGAGAGGGCGGAUAUACAUGAUGCGGACACCCUGGACGAGUCUGAGCGUGGUGUUGAAGGAGGAGGCGACGAGGGUAAGGGAGUGGGAGCAGAGGGAGGCGAAGAGGCAGAGGCAGUUGAAGGCGAAAGCGUGGAAGAUGUUGCCGGAUAAACCGAUUCAGAUCCAGAGGCAGUGGUAUAGCUGGUAG